AUGGACGACACAACGAUGCAGGACGAUUCCAAGGGGCUUUUCAGAGACUCAAGCUUCACGAUCAUACCUAACGGCUUGUCCGAGAACCGCAUCAAACAGCUGCAAAACGACAUUUCCGCCGCAAAUGGCACGAUCAUACCAUUCGACGCCGCCAAGGGUCGUAUUGAUCGACUCGAAGAAAUCCACUACAUCAUAUCUGGAACGUCCGACUUCCCUGAUUACUACCGCGCGCUCGACCUUAUGAAACACGUUGUGAAGCCGGCAUGGAUUGACCAAUCUUUGAAAGGGAACAAGACGAAGAAUCCUCGCACAUUCAGUCCUGAUCCCGCGCUUUUCAUGAGCGAUGUCAUCAUAUGCUGCGCGAAUCUGCCGACUGGAGACAAGGAGGCUAUACAGGGCGGAGUGCUGGCAAUGGGAGGGCAGUUCACAGAGCAGCUUUCCAAGACAGUGACACACUUGAUCUCGCUAGAUCUCGACGAUAACCGAUGUCAGCUGGCUAUCAGUAAGCGGCUGAGUCUUACGAUUGUGCUGCCACACUGGUUCGAUGACUGCCUCAAAGUCGGUCGAAGAAUCUCAGAACGACCGUACACAUUGCCAGAUCCAGAUGUAUUGAACGUUAAACUCAGCACCGUCCCUGCAGCACGGACGAGUCAACAAAUACGCGAUGCCACUACACCAGACCCGCUGAACGAACCCAUCCCUCAGACACCGUCAGCACAAUCUGAAGCACCGCGUGCGAUAAAGGCGUUUUUGGGGAAGAAAGUCAUGUUGGGCGAGGACCUGGACCUUAACAGCAGGCUGAGGGGCGUCAUAACUGGUAUGAUAAGAAACGGUGGCGGGGGAGUGACAGAGAAGGUCAAAGAUGCCGACAUCUACGUUUGCGCCUAUCGAGACGGGGACGACUAUGUCAAAGCUUCGCAAGAGGGGAAGGAUGUGGGCAACCUCAGCUGGCUGUAUUACCUAAUAACGCACAAUACCUGGACGAACCCAAUGCGGCGGCUGAUGCACUAUCCCAGACCGCGCAAUGGUAUUCCCGGAUUUGAGGACUUCAAGAUUAGCAUAUCCAGCUACACUGGCGAAGCUCGUGUCUAUUUGGAGAAUCUUGUCCGCGCCACCGGUGCUGAGUUCACAAAGACGUUCAAGCAGGACAACACACAUCUCGUCGCGGCGCACAAAAACAGUGAGAAAUGCGAUGCUGCACAGGAGUGGGCUGUGAACAUUGUCAACCAUCUCUGGCUGGAGGACAGCUACGCGAGGUGCAAGCUCAUGCCCAUAUCGGAUAACCGCUACACCUACUUCCCUUCGCGAACGAACCUCGGAGAGAUCCUGGGUCAGACCGAAAUCGAUCGCGAUGCUACCGAGAAGAUGUCCUUCUCCGCAGCGCGCAAACCCGCGAAGCCAGCCAAGGCGCCAGCAGCGCCUCCGGCUGACUCGAUCGCCCAGAGUGUGCCUUUAAGUAGGACAGCUAGUGACUCGGUCGCCCGCAGCUCUCCAGCAGCAGUAAAGAUCAAAAUGACAAAGACGAUAGAUGCUGCUCAGACACCAGCACGGAACCAGGAUGGGAAAGAGAACCAGACUCCUGGGAGUCGAGGCGCCAAGGACCGAGCACUAUCCAAGCUUCAUAACGCUGCGGGUGACAUAGCAGCCUUCGAAAAGGAGAUGAAGCGGAAAGGCGGUGUUAUACAUGGUGGAAAACGAAGAGCAGAAGACGAGGUGGAGGAUCGGACGAAGAAAGCGAAAGGCGGGCGAGACUCCGUGUCUAGUAAACGAUCGGUAGACGAGCUCGAGCAGGAAGGCGAGACCGAAGACGAGGCGACAGAGGCACCGGCGAAAAACAAGAGAGUCAAGAAGGAUAAACUUGAGCCCAUCAAGUUCCGCAUGCUGGUAUCGAAAGAUGAGCGAUGGGCUGGCAACAUGGACAAGGAGUCCAAAGACAAAGCGCGGUUACGAGAGCUUGGUCUUUUCAUUACAGAAGACUUCAAGAAAGUUGAUAUCCUCUGCGCACCGAACGUUGUACGUACCAAGAAGUUCGUUGCAGCGAUGGCUUGCGGGCCAGCUCUAGUUGGAUCAUCAUAUCUGGACCUUGCACUGAAGAACAAUAAACUUCCACCACCGGAGAAGCACCCGAUGGACGGUCGCGAAUUUGAGAAAGAGCAUGGCUUCAAGAUGGCCGACGCUAUCGAACGCGCCUUGCAGAACAAGCAUCGUCUCUUCCGCGACUGGACGAUCUUCUGUACGGAAAAGGUGCCGGGUGGUUUUGAAACGUACAAAGAUAUCAUCGAGGCCAAUGGCGGCAAGUGCUCGCUAUGGAAGGGUCGUACCACCAACAUCACAGCGACGAAACGGUUUGUCAACGCCACCACUGGCGAGGAGAGUCAGAACCAGAAAGAAGAUGAGGGCGACGUCUUGUACCUCAUAUCCGACGCUAACAGCAAGGAGUUCACAAAUUGGGUCAAAUUCCGCGAGCUGGCGAAGAGGCACGAUAUGACUCCGAGGAUUGUGAAGACCGAGUGGCUGCUCAUUAAUGCUAUGGCGCAGUACGUGCAUUGGAAGCCGGAAUGGGAGUUGACCGAGGAGGUAGUCAAGGCAGCGAAGUCAUGA